ACCAGCACCGCCGAAAUGCUCUCCCGAGCCCGCAUACGGCCAAAUGGCCUCUCCAGCCUCCUCAAACAAAACACCUCCCUCCGAAGAACCCUCAUCGCCGCCCCAAAAGACGGCUCUGGCCCCCUAAUGGAACGGCGCGCCGACCGCGCCCUCCCCAACCUCCGCCCCCCUCGCCGCUGGCUCAAAACCCUACCCAUCUUCCUCAGCAUCAUGGUCGCCAGCACGCUCGCCAUCUUCAACUACCAGAAAUCCUCCUCCUCCGUUGUCAGCUCCGCGCUCUACGCGCUGCGAACAAACCCUGAGGCGAGAAGAGUGCUCGGCGAUGAGAUUUACUUUGCGCAUCGCAUUCCGUGGAUUUGGGGGGAGAUGAAUCAGUUGCAUGGCAGGAUUGAUAUUUCGUUUUGGGUCAAGGGGACGAAGGCUAAGGGGCUCAUGCGGUUUCGAAGUGAGAGGAAGACGAGGAUGGGGUUGUUCGAGACGAUGGAGUGGAGCUUGGAGCCGGAGGAUGGACAGAAGUUUUCUCUCAUGGAUGCUGAGGGCAGGGAUCCAAUGAGUAAUCGAUGAGAUGGUGCUGGACACUACGAUCUUGCUGUGCAGCGCAAGCUCGCGUAUUGCUAUCGCCAUGAAACCUACCAGUUUGGCGGCGAACGCUUGCCAAGCGAGUGGUCGGAGAGAUUGUAUCUGCUCGAAGCAAACAGCGGCUGGCCCAACGCGAUGAGCUCGACGCUGCGCCCCCUGGCAUCCACGCCGGACUUCUGUCUAGAGAAUGGCAAAUCGCGUGGUGGAUGACCGCCCCUCGAUUGCCCAUCAGCAAAAUACAGAUGAGUGCACAAGCAUCGGGUUCCGUCAACGUACGUGUGGCGAGAGCAGUCUGUUGCAAGCAUUAUCUGAUUAUCGCCCAAAACUACCUCAAAGU